CUAACCUUGUACCGCCACCAUGACCACGAUGCGGCGGCCACUGACACCAGUGACGAACUCAAGGCUACCGACGUCGCCAUUAAUAAAAUCGAGCGUUUCCUCCCCUUCUGCUCCCCAGCAACAGCCCAAAACGCCCUUGCCACUGCGAGCGAUACCCUCCACCCUCGCAGUCAAGUCAUCUCCUUCCGUACCUCCUGCAUCUGCAGCGUAUGAGCCGCUUAUCAAAGCCGUCCUUCGUCAACGGCUUCUUUGGAGGAUUUUUUUGGGCUCUAUCGCAUUUUGUUGGGUCCAGACGGUGGCAUGGACAAUAUGGUGCCUUGGUGGUAUUGAGGAACUGGGGAUUGGCGGGGUGGCAAUGGUUCCGGUGACGCCGUCGACGUCAAUGAUGGCAUACGUGUGUUGGGUAGCGGUAGCCUUACCUAUCGUGGUGCUAAGAAAAAGGCAUCUUACAGGUUAUCACUCAACGUCAAAGACUCCUUUAAAAACAUUGCAGAAUGCUCUGGCAAAACAGGGCACUAGAAGCGCAUUCUUGGUUUAUCUUUCCUCUGCAAUCAUUGCGACACUUCUCCAUGUAUCGAUGGCUCGAAUGUCCAAAUCGAAUGACCCCCGACUGUCAGUAUUUGUCAAAUCAAAGAAGCACCCAUAUUAUUUGAAUGGUCGGCUGGUGUUUCUUUUAACAUCUCAGGUUAUUGUUGCAUGCUGUUCUAUACUCCGAAACAUCAUGAUGGAUCGUUUUGUCUUUCGAUGGCCCUCCUCUUUUAAUCAGACCCCAAAAUCUGCAGUUACGCUCGGCGACUUCUUGCGGACGCUGGUCAUAGUAGCUCUCCUCGCAUCCGUUUCCGUGCCCACGUCUGCCGCUAUAUUUGCUAUUGCACGGCUCACGCUUCCCAUGCUUUACCGCCUACCACUGCUUCAUCUUGUCCUGCGGCCAUUCACAGCUCAUUUCCUUCGGGGGUCUUGGACAAUAUUUUUGCCCAUUCAACACUUCGCUCUUCUGAUAAGAGCAUGGUUCCUGGCAUUUUCAACCUUGGCAACCUGGGAGGUCGCAGAACUACUAUUUGAUUCCUUUAUCAGCCAGCCCAUUCUCGUAUCACACAUGACAGCGGACCCAUCAGUAACCCUUGUGUCGGGAGUGGCUUCCUCUGAUAUAAUCCUCAAAUAUUUCGCAUUUGCCGAACUAAACGAGCUAUCUUCCGACCUGUCUCCUUCAGCAGGCGCUCGUCGGACAGCUCUCUUCGGAGAUCAGAAGUAUUCCCCCAAUCUCUGGAGUCAUCUAUGCAGGGAGAGCCUUCUGGUUCUCGGGAGAGAUUACCAGCAUUUCUUGCGGAGAGGAGCGCCCCCAACCAUCCCACCACCUCUUGCAGUAGCAACUGCAGCGCAACCACAACCACCACCCUUCCUAUCCACCCCAGUAUCUGUAGUCAAACAGCUCAUUUACAAGCAAGCGAAACCGUCUCCCAUCAGCAGCGUCAUUGAUUCCCUUGGUGCGGACGGAUCAUUCGCGCAAGCAGUCGAAGCGGGUGCGGAAGCUGCACACAUCCCGGACUUGUUUAAGUCAGCGAGUACUGCUUUACCCGUUCCAACAGAGGUGACGAAAAGCGUAGAAGAAGCCAAGGAUUAUUUCGGGAAUAUCAGGAAAUCUUUGGGUAGUGCCAUUCACCGGUACACGCCUGUUGCUGUGCAGGAGGCAUUUGGAGCAUGGGUGAAUUGGUGGACGAGGGAGCGGAUAAGUAAGGUCGUGGAAGGAUCCUUAUCCAGGCGUGAACUUGAUCUUCUUGUCAUCGAAGUCCUAUCACGUUUAACGUGUUCGUCCCUGACAGAAGAUCGAUACGGGGUCGUCCAGCGCGAUAUUCCCAAAAUCCUUGAGGCGAUGCUCUCCUUCUUGUCAGCGAUAGAAGAUUACCAGAUUGAACUGAAUGCUCUGCGACCUCCGCCACCAGAAGAGGAGGAAGGCCUAUCGGAUAAAGAAAGAAUGCAACGCGAGGUUCUUCGGAUAGAGUUGGCUAAAGCUAGUGAGGCCCUAGGAUACCUCGGUGAUGGAUUUAAGAAUGGCAUCGCGCGUGUUGUACGGACGUUUGGGGGUAAAUUGAAUGCAUUCAAGUUCCCACCGCGCACUGCGAACAAGCUGCAAGGGUUUGUAGAUUAUAAUCAGUAAUCAUGAUCGAUUUUUGCUUCUGUCAGCAGGCAGUUCUAGUUCAUCGUCAAUCAGCAAUUCGCCACAAAUAGCUACCCGAGUCUAGGUACAGGGACUAUGGUACAUCAAGAGGACGCAAGGCAUCACUCACUCACUUUCGUGCAAAGAAGAUCAUCAGAAGUGCUAACAUCAG